ACCGGAUGUAAGCAGAGUCGUCCUAAUGCUAACACAAGGUGAGAAUGUUAUCGGAUUUUGUUUCAAUCAAGUAACAACAAAGGCUUACUAGACCGACCAAGCCUUACAGGAAAGGAGGCAAAGAUGAGGGUUUCCACCAUUCACCUUCAGCAGCUCGCCAUCUUCACCACUGUGCUGACUGGGGGGGGGAUAGGCACCAUGUACUAUCUGAUGCAGAAGCAAUUUGCUGAGUCAGACUACCACAGACUGGCCACGCAGAAGUUGAAGGCAUGUCCCGUUGCCAUGGAAUCGCUUGGAGCCCCGCCUUUAAAAAUCCACAACAUUCACCUAACUGACAGAGACAACUGCAUAGGUCAGAGCACUGCAAAGAUAAAGAUCCCUGUGACUGGUCCACAAACUGGAGGUUAUCUGUAUACUUGUUCAACAAGAGACCUCGAUACCAACAGGUGGAGUCUAAAGCAGGCCGUUCUGAAACUGAAGGAAGGACAGACCAUUGACCUGCUGAACCCUCCUGCAGCACAGAGCUUUGACACAGAGCUGUGAUAUAUAUAUACAGAAUUGCGAUUCAGAGUAUCACUGUGUGAUACAGCGAACACACCCAGGCACUGACCAGCUGUCUAAUGCCAACCGUGUUGUCUGGUCUAACUAACAGUAAGAAGAUGGAGGAAUAUUAAACCAAAUAGCAGAUCUUUUGAAGGGAGCAGUCACACGAGGCAAAUGUCUUUGAACGUCACAGCUUCUCACAGACUGAUCUGGAUUUGUUGAUAUUUUGUAUUAAAUAAUGUGAUGAA